GGUGUGGCGAAAAAGAUACGGAUUCGAGAGAAGUUGUCAUACGCAAGCGCUGUGCUUGUUGCAGAAGAAAAUAAAAUAUCGAUUUUUAUGGAGUAGUUGUGUGUGGUAUUAAAUUUUUCUCACUUGUGCAAAAUAGCAGGGUGUUGUGAGAAGACCGUGAGAUAGUGCAUCUGUUUGGCACUGACCACCAAACCGUCAAAUUCCACCAUCAAAUGGAUAUCUAGUAAAGUUUGCCCUGCCCCAAAACAACUUCCACAAAAAAUCUUCUCCGUUUUACACGAGCCCAUCGUCGCCAAGAGUGUUGGUGUGGUGUUGAGCCAGUUUUCCUGUUCCGUGCAGAGGCAAUCUUGCAGUGAAAUCACGCCAGAAAGCAUCCUCGACAGUGAAUCAUGACGAAGGAUAGAUUAGCAGCACUUGUCGCGGCCCAGAGCGACGAUGAUGACGUCGGGCCGGACGAUGUUGCUGUUAAUGUGGAGGGAAGGGAUGGCUUCAUGGAUGACUUCUUCAAUGAAGUCGAAGAGAUACGGGAGAUGAUAGACAAGAUCCAGACAAAUGUGGAGGAAGUGAAGAAAAAACACAGUGCAAUUCUAUCAGCGCCUCAAUCUGAUGAGAAGACAAAGCAGGAGUUGGAAGACCUUAUGGCCGACAUAAAGAAAACUGCCAAUAGAGUCCGUACUAAGCUAAAGGGCAUUGAACAGAACAUCGAACAAGAGGAACAGGCUAACAAGUCCAGUGCUGACCUACGAAUACGCAAGACACAGCACUCGACCCUCUCGCGAAAGUUUGUUGAGGUGAUGACGGAGUACAACCGGACUCAGACGGACUACAGAGAAAGGUGCAAAGGGAGAAUACAGAGACAGUUAGAAAUUACGGGUAGAACUACAACCAAUGAGGAGUUGGAAGAGAUGUUAGAGCAAGGGAAUCCAGCGGUAUUCACUCAAGGAAUUAUUAUGGAAACGCAACAAGCCAAACAGACUCUGGCAGAUAUUGAAGCUCGACAUGCAGAUAUUAUUAAGUUAGAGAAUUCAAUCAGAGAACUUCAUGAUAUGUUCAUGGAUAUGGCAAUGCUAGUCGAGAGCCAGGGUGAUCUCGUGGAUAACAUUGAGCAUCAUGUUGAACAGAGUGGAAGUCACGUGGAGAAGGCUCACGGGGAGCUGGUACAGGCCAGAGAGUAUCAGUCGAAAGCCAGAAAGAAAAAGAUUUACAUAAUGAUUUGCCUGCUAAUUACCUUAGUGAUUAUAGCAAUUAUUUUAGCAAUACUGCUAUAGAAAUCCACGGAAUAAAUUUAUGAAAUAUCAAUUUGUAUAAUGACCAUUGGAGAAAAUCAACACAGAGGAACAUAUAUAAAAAGAAAUGAUCAUUUCAAGAAAAUAUAAAUGGAUAUUUAAUGUGGAAAUUUUUCAUUUUCUUCGCUGCCGUUUUACUUCAGUUAUUUUUUCCUCGUGAAAGAAUUAUCAAUUUCAUAAUUAUGCAGGACUUUUUUUUCUUAAAUUUCUUUUACAAUCGUUUCGAUAGUUAGUUGAUUUUCAGUUUUGUAGAGUGCGUACAUUGUUUUCACACGAGAAAAGCUUUUAAGGUUUUCUAAUGGAUUGUUAAUGCAAUCAUAAAAAAUACAAGAGAAGUAAUUCAAUUCAAUUUUGUUUGUAAGAGUGCUCUUUUACAAGAACAUUCUCGAGGUGUGAAUCGUGUGAAAAGAAUGUAAGAAUGAGAAUUAUUCUUGAAGAUAAAUACUUUGGCAAAACUUUUUAUGCAAAAUAAGCACAGAGCUUCACAAUUUUAAUAAGGAUUCUUGCUAGUUUUGAAAUGAAUUAAGUGCAUUUCUCAAAAAAAAGCUUGUUGCACUUUUGAUCCAGUUGAGAAGGCGUUUUCAUUAGCGAUUUGACAAAUUUCUAGAGUGUGAUUUAUCACGCUUGCAAAUGUAAUUUGUACCUCACGUAGAUGUUGAAGAGAAGAAUUGUUUAGCUGAUAAAGGUAUAUUGAGCAUAUAGGAUAAAUAUACUAAUACCAUGCACUUUAUGCACCCCUCCUGCAGAAGAAGAUCAUGAUUCUGCUAUGUCUCACUGUCCUGGGUAUUAUUGUGGCCGCCUACGUCAGUAGCUACUUUAUGUAAAGAACAUGAGAGUAUAAGAAAAGAAAGUUAUCCACAAAGUAAACAUUUAAAACUUGUGAAGUCAGCAAAAAAAUGCUACCACCUCUCACCAUCAAAGAAUCAUCACAAUUAUCACCACUGAACCAUGAACAGCAAAAGAAAGCAAAAAAAAGAGCAACUAACAAUGUAGCAGAUGAGAAAAAAAGCAUAUUAUAGAAGUGUCCAAAAAAUAGAAAGCUAUCAAUAACUGUUGUGUGGAUUUUAUGAUUUUCCUGUGUUCUGUUACUCACUGACACCACCAAAUAAUUAAUCACAUAAAUUUUGAAGAGAGAUACAAUGUAUACCGAUUUAUUUUGUAAACUUGUGCGUUGUUUUCAACGUGAUGUGUAUAAUUUUUGCUGUCUCUUUGCGUUGCCACCCCCUCAGUUUUGAUGUUUUCGAGCAAUGAUAUUUGAGAGCACUGAGAAAUAUUACAAGUAAUCCUUUAUUGGAAACCUGGAAAGAGUGAAAUGUGGCGUCUUAUAUGCUGUUGAUAAUAAUACAGACGUGGCAAGGUGACAUGAGUCGAGUUGAGAGUGUAAAUUUUUCACAAAUAUCAUCAAUCUUUCCUCUCAGGUACAUUAGAUAUUUGUACAACCAGAAUUUUUCAUUCCCUUGGUUUCCGUAGACUUUUUGUACAACACUUUUUGUCCCUUCUGUUUUUUUUUUCUUUUUGAAUCACCAUCGCAAAGAGUAUAUAUUUGUAUAUUGUGAAAAUUUGUGAGCCAAAAUUGCUGUGCAUUCUAUAUACUGAAACUCUUGUGUUAUUCAAUUCGACAGAAGAAGAUCAUUAUUUUGGUCUGUUUGAGCAUCCUUUUGAUUAUCAUUGCCGCAACGAUAGCCGGAUAUUUUGGCUUUUGAAUUCGCCAUCACAUUGAGAUCACAAUUGGAUAUCUUCGUGUUGAAAGAGUUAAAAAAAUAAAAACCACAUUCGACAAAAAGAGACAAAAGAAAGAAAUACUUUGUUUUCAAUCAUUGGGCCAUUGCUCACUGUUUUGAGGAGUGAAGUGAUAUGUUUUUCGGUUUGUUUUUUGGAAAAUUGAAGGGAAAAGAGGAUGUAGUAUGUUAUAAAUUUUAAUGAUAUUCCAUUCGUUUACUCAUUUGUAGCUAAUUUACACAUUAACACGCAAAAUGUGUGAUGUGAAGAUGACGGCUGUAGAAGAUGUGUUUGUCAUUUCAAGAGCAUGGCAAAAGGAGGAGUUUUAUGCUCUUUGAUUAAUUUGAAAAUUCCCGUUUUUGGAAGGAGAAGAAGAACGAAAUGGAAGAAAGAGAAAAAUGAAUUUUAGUUGAUUGUAGUGAUUUUUUGAU